AUGAUGGUGUUUUGUUUUCUGAGCAGAACACUGCAACUAGCAAGACAUUCAUCCAGUCCACUGGGGAGACAGCUCUGUUCAACCAGCGCAAAUAAGCCAGUAUUGACUUUAUUCACCAAGAAACCGUGCCCUCUAUGUGAUGAAGCAAAAGAAGUGCUUGAGCCAUACAAGAGAAGGUUUAUUUUGCAGGAGGUGGAUAUUACCCUUCCAGAGAACUCAGCAUGGUAUGAUAAAUACAAAUAUGACAUACCUGUUUUUUAUUUAAAUGGGAAGUUCCUAAUGAAGCAUCAAGUAGACAUUCAAAAGUUUGAGGACCAGCUUGUGAAGCUGGAGUUGCAAAAGGACGGAAACCAGUGA